AUGUCGUCACAACCAGUCGAGGAUAUCCUCGAGGAGAGCUACCGCAAGUUCGCCAACAUUCCUCCAGACCUUCACCUUCUCUGUCCAAAGGUCGACGAAGAUGACUUUGAAGACUAUGACAACCUUGAAACUGCCGGCGAAAGCAUCACGACCCUUGAGAAGAAGGAGAGGGUAGAAAAAUGGAAUGACCGCCUCGACAUUGCCUACUGGACCAGUCUUCUGCUCGCGUACGGCAAGGACAAGGCUGGUAUUUGGCUUGAACAAUGGGGCACACGGAUGGCUAUCAAUCUCCACAACUGCGACAAAUGCGUUCUGAACUGGCACAUGUACCGGAAGAAGUACAUCCAGUCAGCAAUGGCCAUUGGUGUUAACUGGAUUUAUAGGAAAUGGCCAGAAGACGCCGUUGCCGGAAUCGAAAACUGCCUCCACCGAUUCGACUUCGACCGAAUUGAUAAAGGUCUUCAAUGGGCCAAGGACAUCAUCGAGAAGGUCGAAGGCGAGGGCCGCCUGUUUCAAAGAGCUGACCUCGGCGAGGAUCAAGGCGCAGUGCUUCUCACUGUCUAUGAGGCUCUCUGCUGUAUGGCAUACCUCAGUUUGCCGGAAAAACGCAACCUCUUUCAAUUUGUCUUCGUCCGUCUUUCGGGCAAGAAGCCAUUGAAGUUGGGCGAAAACGUCUUACUUCCCGCCAUGACCCAGUUCCUAUUUGGGGAGGACAAGACACGACUGCAGUUCGCCGAGAAAUCCUGGGAACGUCUGCGACCGAAGUCGCUGACCGAGGCGCAAUUCAGCUGGGCUGUUCAUGACAACCUGGUCGAGGCAAUCCAGUCAGUCGCUCAGCGCAACCCCAGGAAUCCUACAGACCUUCCAGAAAUCGAGCGGUUCUGGAAAGCCGUCAACUGGAUCAUCAAGACCCUGGAUGAGAAACUCUUGUUACAUGGCCUUCGAAGCAUGGAAGUCAAGCCAAGCCUCUACGACCUGCUUUUUGUUCACAUGCAAUGCGAGUCUGAGGCAAUCCUGCUGCUCAUCAUUCAGGCUUUGACCGUCUUACUGGAGACGUCUCCUCAGGCUUUCUGGGACACGAUCGGUGACGCGCGGCCAUUUGUCGUCGUUGAGCAACUCCUUUCUCAGCGUCUCUUCAAACAACUGCUCGCCCAGUCCUUGACGUUCGCCAUUACGUACGACGACGGCAGUGGCGGCAACGACGUUGAGUCGAUCACAACAUCGUGGAUCAACACAUGGAUCCAGUCUCUCAAGCGUCAGCAAAAGAGCGACGCCUGCGAACAGCUGCUUCAUUUACUUUUCGAGCAAGUCAUCCAUGAUGCAAGCAUCGGCGAGCAGGGCAGAGCUGCGUGCAUUCGCGCUGGCCUAGAUGCCUUAGACCACGUUUUAAGGUCGUUCCUGGAUCCUUCCGUCAAUACCGUUUCGAGUACCACCUCCGUAUAUAUCAACUCGAUCCUCAAUGUCACCUUCAAGUACAAGGAUAUCAUCAACGAUGCUGCGGAUACCAAGAGCCAAGAGCAACACACCCUUGGCGUGCCUAAAGCCGCCAUGAGCGUCAUCAGUGCUUCCAUGAGUCUGGACUCUAGAGCGACUUCCGAAGAGCAUCUCGAACUCCGUAAGAACGAAAACGCGGCUAUCCAGACGGCGGUCACCCGCAGAUCAGCAGACUUAUGGGAUGGGUUUCUGGAAAACCUCUUCGCUGGCAAGCUCCUGCUGGCAAAGACAAUGCUCAUGGCCAUGGCUCCUCUAAUCAACGUCGAAAGAUUCCGUGGCCCACGCAAAGAACCCGACAACCUGACCCCGGCGAAGAAGAGCUUCAACAACCACUUUAUCAAGGUUGCAGAAGCCCUUGGGCGAGUUCUGCAGCGUAUGUGCGAGUUCACGUCGCCACAGCUCAAUGAGCUAUGUCUCAUGGGUCAGAGCAUUCGUCCUAUCAUUGCUUUCACUGUCCACGGCGAAGACGAAAUCAGCAGCGCAAGUGCUGAGCUCAUAAAGUCAAUCACUGAACAGCCAUCCAAGUCAGAAGCUAUUACAGCAUUGCUUGAUCGACAUCUCAGCACUACUCUGUCUUCCAUGAUUUUUGCAACGCGGAGGAUCAUGGAACCAUCCAGUGUGGCGUGGGGACCAGCACGGCACAUCAUCAACACAGCCAAAGACGUACUCAAAAGUCUCAGCGAUUUGUCGUCGGGCAUUCUCAGAUCCAAGACGCUUGAGAACAGCGAGCAGAUCGCCGUCACUGGCUGGUGGGUUGCCCACUGGAGAUACAUUGAGGUUGCCUUUCAGUGCACAGCCACCUGGUCUCACCAAGCAGAAAUCAACGUGAUGCAGGACUUCUGCCGAGAUGUCAUUGAGCUGGCCGAUGGCAUGCUUGCUCAGGAUGGCCUUUUCGCCUCGGCACUCCAGGCCAACAACGUGCAGGCACAACCACAAGACCUGUCCAAAAUGCAGCAGCUUCUGAAGGACCCUCAGCGUCACCUCACUGGCAUCGUAAGGAUGCUUCGGCUAAGGGAUCUUUAUCUUGUGGAAGUCACUGUCAAGGUCGUCGCUAAAUUACUCCUGAGACUCCGUGAGAACCAACUUGAUAUCCCGGAUGAACCGAAGGCCUUUGUUCAAGAUUCCUGCAUCAAGUCGCCAGCCACCGGCAAGUAUCCCAUUAGCACCAAUUUGAGCGAUCAGCAGCGAGCAGAGCUCCUCAAAGCCCUUGGUGAAGACGACGAUGUGGAAAUCAUCCAAAUCCAACCGGUUUCCAAAACCGAGAAGCCAAAGAAGCAAAGCCUCAUCGACGCUUGGUCUAAAUCUGGCUCGUCAACACCCACUUCUCAAAUUAGCCGAUCGAACAAGGACGAUGUCCUCGAGCUCAGUAGCUCUGUCGACAAGAAACGCUCGAUUCUGGAGCAGAUGGCGGCUCGCCAGAAGGCGUCUUCACCGAGUGUGUCAAAAUUACCGCCGCCGAAGCCUAGACUUGAGCCUGUGGUUUCACAAGCCUCCAAAAAUGCACUCAUCGAGUCGCGCAAGAAGGCCAAGUUGGAACGGGCUAAGAGAGAUGCCGAGAUGGUCAAGAAAGCACAGGCUCUCCGAGAUGCUGCCAACGUUGGCGAAGGUUCAGGGCUGAAGGGCCUUAGCGGUGUUGUCGGGAAAGAUCUUGCUCCGCAGAAGAGUCAGAUCCUGGUUGACAGCGACGAGGAAGAAGAGGACGACUCUGAAGAUGAGGACCUCAACAACCUCAUCAAUAAGGGCCAGCAGGGCCAGAAGGCCGUCGACGAAGCCACGAGACGUCGCGAACGAGCGCUGCUUGAGAAGACUCGUGGCCCAGUCAAGAAGGUAAAGGUACAGCGCUCAGCCAAGGACAUGCGUGCUCGCCUGAUCCCGCCGAUGGACCAGCUUCACCAAGCCAUCUUGGAAUGGGACAUUUUCCAUGAAGGCAAUGAUCCACCAUCAACCUCGGCCUCCCUGGCCAUCACACGAGUUGCAAGCACGUACGCCCACCCCCAGGAGUACAAGCAGACCUUCUUGGGCCUCCUGAUUUCUGAAGCAUGGAGAUCUUUCGUGACUGCCAAAGAUGAGACGACAUCCAAGCCCUAUGGCCUCAAAAUUGCAUCUCGUAUGAAUGUUGAUAAGUUCCUUGAAGUGACUGCCAGCAUCCCCAGCGCUGAAAGUAAAGAGAGAAUGUUGUCAGAGGGCGACAUCAUUCUGGUUUCCAAAGGAAGCAGUCCCCUAACGGACAACUCUGAAGCCCAUGCUUUGGCGCGAAUCUGGAAAACCACCUACAAGAAAGAAAGGCUGGAAGUGACAUACCGCUUGAACAGCAAGAACAACCCCCUGCUUGCUAUCAACGCUCUUGGUGUUGGCUCUGAACUUCAAGCCGUAAAGAUCACCAACAUGACAACCAUUGAGCGAGAGUACGCAGCCCUGGAGAGUUUGCAGUACUACGACCUCAUGCUUGAAGUCCUAAAAGCCGAACCCUCGCCUAUGUUGAAAUAUGGCGAGGAGGCUGUCAAUGGCGUCAUGCAGAAUUACCAGUUGAACCCUGGUCAAGCAAAGGCCAUUCUGGGCGCAAAGGACAAUGAUGGCUUCACUUUGAUUCAAGGUCCUCCUGGUACGGGCAAGACGAAGACCAUUGUGGCCAUGGUUGGCUCGUUGCUCACGGGCAAUAUUCAAAUUCCUGGAACGGCCAUCAAACCUAAGCUUGUGGGCCAGGCGGGCCAGAACGCCAUGCCCAAGAAGCUUUUGGUCUGCGCUCCCAGUAACGCUGCUGUGGAUGAACUCGUCUUGCGUCUAAAACAGGGUGUAAAGACGAUGACCGGAUCGUUCCACAAGAUCAAUGUUCUUCGCUUGGGUAGAAGCGAUGCCAUCAAUGCCGCCGUUCGAGAUGUCACUCUCGACGAACUGGUCAAAAAGAAGCUUGAAGGUGAUACCACGCAAAACAAGGCGAAGGAGGAGCGAGACAAGAUGCACAAUGAUGCAGCCAAGAUCCGGGACGAGUUGGCAGAGAUUCGUCCCAAGCUGGACGAAGCCCGUGCGGCCGGCGACCGAAACUUGUCGCAGGCUUUGCAGCGGUCCUUCGACCAGCUGAAGCGUGCCCAGAUCAAUAUCGGUGCCAAGAUCGACGAGGACAAGGCAAGCGGCAACACUGUUAGUCGUGAGGCUGAGAUUCGCCGCCGGCAGAUACAACAGGAGAUUCUCGACGGAGCGCAAGUUCUCUGCGCCACGCUCAGUGGUAGCGGUCACGAGAUGUUCAAGAAUCUGAACGUCGAGUUCGAGACUGUCAUUAUCGAUGAGGCUGCGCAGUGUGUGGAACUCAGUGCUUUGAUCCCCUUGAAGUACGGCUGCACCAAGUGCAUUCUCGUCGGAGAUCCGAAGCAGUUGCCCCGACGGUUUGGCUACGACCAGAGUUUGUUCGUCCGAAUGCAGCAGAAUCACCCCGACCACGUCCAUCUUCUUGACCGCCAAUACCGUAUGCACCCCGAGAUCAGUUUGUUCCCCAGCAUGGAAUUCUACGAAGGCAAGCUUGUUGAUGGCGAGGACAUGAGCGCGCUGCGCCGCCAGCCCUGGCACGCAAGCGCCCUCCUUGGUCCUUACCGAUUCUUCGAUGUUGAGGGUACCCAGUCGAAGGGGAGCAAGGGCCGUUCGUUGGUUAAUCACGCAGAGUUGAGAGUUGCUAUGCAGCUCUACGAGCGAUUCAAGGCCGAUUUUGGACGAAACUACGACAUCCGUGGCAAGAUCGGCAUCAUCACCCCAUACAAGGCCCAGCUGCAAGAGCUCAAGUGGCAAUUCUCGCGUCAGUUCGGAGAGGCUAUCACCGACGACAUCGAGUUCAACACCACGGAUGCCUUCCAGGGUCGUGAGUGUGAGAUCAUCAUCUUUUCUUGCGUUCGAGCUGAUCCUACUGGCGGCAUUGGUUUCGUCAAGGACAUCAGACGUAUGAACGUUGGUCUGACCCGUGCCAAGUCAUCUCUGUGGAUCCUGGGAGAUUCAAGAGCAUUGGUACAGGGCGAGUUCUGGAACAAGCUCAUCGACAACGCGAAGCAGAGAUCUCUUUACACGAAGGGGGAUGUCAUGUCGAUGCUGCGGAAACCCAGCGUUAUGAAGUCAUUACCUGCCCCAUCGAAGCCUACACCGCAGGAUGACCUUGACGUUGAGAGGCUGGAGCAGCCUCGGGGCAAAGAAAUUGACAUGACAGACGCGUCAACGGCGCAAUCACGAAAAGCAACCCAGCCUCCCCAGCAGCUGCCGACGAACUACACAGGUGGGGAGCGCCGCCCAGGCUCUUGGGAGAACAACAACCGCAUGGAGCGGAUCAACGAGAGAGGCGAGGUGCAGCCAGCCGUCGCCCGUAGCUCUGAUCGACCUCCCGUCAUCCAGUCAUCGACGCCAAAGCAGGAGACUAAGAAGAGACCGUCCGAUGCCAACGAUGGGCAACGCGGCUCGAAGCGGAUGGCGACCGACCAGAACCGAUCGUCCAGCAGACCGCCACCGACGGGGCCCAAGUCAAUGGGCAACGCGUCGAAGGAGCCGAAGAAGGCGAAGGACCCGUCUGCCAUGGUAGCCCUCGGUCUGACACCAGCUGCACGACCGCCGGCGGUGGAGACGACAUCGAAUUCGAGGACGCCGUCAUCAGGUUCUUCUCUGCCGCAAAACCGCAACCUACCCUCAAGACCUCCGGGGCAGAAUGGACAGAACGGCCCCGUCAUCCAUAGGAAGAAGCCCAAGGCGGAUCCCUUCAUUCAGAGAAAGCCUCCUAGACGCUGA